UUGUGCCCGGUCCAGUGGGUCCCCCGGGCGUGGCAGGUCCAGGGCUCAGCAGCGCGGGACCAGCAUCCCUGCUGCGAGAUCCUGUGCUGGAAGCUGAUCCGACCUUGACUCAAGACUGACCCCGAGUUCCCGGGGUACGACCUCGGGGGUUGUAGGGACUGGGAAAAAGCUUAGGCUCCCUGGACUCUAGGAAGGGCUGGCGUGAGGAGGCGUCCCGGAGGAAGCCGAGCCCCCGGGGAGCUGGGGACAGCGGUGCUGGGAGGCAGUCACGUCCUGCGCUGGCGGGCGGGAGGCCAGGGCCCGCAGUUAUUUCGGGAGGCGCCCUGGUUCACAGCACUUCSAGCCGCUCCACUGCCUGAGCUCCCCCUGGGCCCAGGGCUGGAGCAAAAAUGCCUGCCCUUCACAUGGAAGAUUUGCCAGAGAAAGAAAAGCUGAAGAUGGAAGUUGAGCAACUUCGCAAAGAAGUGAAGCUGCAGAGACAACAGGUGUCUAAGUGUUCUGAAGAAAUAAAGAACUAUAUCGAAGAACGUUCUGGAGAAGAUCCACUGGUGAAGGGAAUUCCAGAAGACAAGAAUCCCUUCAAGGAAAAAGGCAGCUGCAUUAUUUCAUAAAUAACUCUGGGGAGAAACCUCAUCCUCAGUGUAAGAGCUAGUUGUUUUAGUUUCCCCAAAUAAAACCUAACAGCCU